AUGCUAACAGUCUCAGCCAUGAUCUCCGCUGCUCACCUGGAGGGUUCCAACUUUGGGUCGAGUGAAUCUCACGGUCUUUUCCCACAAUUCUAUCAGUCGUCGUGCCCUCCGGUUAAUAACAUUGUCAUCUCCGUGUUACAGCAGGCCAUCGAGAAGGAUCCCCGGGUGGCAGCCUCUUUGAUAAGGCUUCACUUCCAUGAUUGCUUUGCUCAGGGUUGUGACGCCUCGGUGCUACUAGACAACAGUACGACAAUACGGCGCGAAAAAGGGGCAAAACAACGUGAAUUCUCUAGAGGGUUUGAAGUGAUCGAUGAGAUCAAGGCCAAGCUAGAAGAAGCAUGUCCCCUGACUGUGUCAUGCGCUGACAUUGUCGCUCUUGCUGCUAGGGGAUCCACUGUACUAAGCGGUGGACCUGAUUGGGUGUUGCCACUAGGAAGAAGGGACUCCAAAACUGCAAGCGUGGAAAUCUCUGAGAGAAACAUUCCAGCAUCGAAACCCGAUCUCUCAUCCCUAACAGCCGGCUUCGAGCGACAAGGUCUUGAAGAAACUGACCUAGUUGCUCUCUCAGGAGGGCAUACAAUUGGCUUCGCAAAGUGUUUGUUCGUCAGGCAGACUCGGAAAUCAGUUUGCCCUAGAAGAGAUGGCGACAACACACCUGCUCCCUUGGACUUUGUUUCCCCUACAAGGUUCGACAACAGCUACUUCAAGCUUAUACUUGGGGGAAAUGGACUACUCCCUUCAGACCAAGUGCUUCUGACUGGGAAUGGAAGGCAAGCAGCUGAGCUGGUGAAAACCUAUGCAGCUAAUGAGAGCUUAUUCUUUCAGCAGUUUGCCAAGUCCAUGGUUAAGAUGGGGAACAUUAAUCCUCUCACUGGAUUAAAGGGACAAGUCCGGAAGAAUUGUCGCCGCGUUAAUUAAGUUAUUUACUAGCUAAUUCAGUUUAUGUGUAUGCUUAAACUUUAAACUAAAUAAGAUACCUUUUGGUUU